GAGAGAGAGACAGCAGCGUUUGCAGUUUCCCUAUUUCAGCAGGAGGAGGAAGGACCCUGAGAAGAUUGGAGGGUGCAGGCGAGAGAGAAGGAGGGAUGGGAAUGAGAUGGGGGGUAGCCGUUGGAGUCUGAUGAAUGAUGGUUUGUGAGCUAAGGGAAAAGAAAAGAAGGAACCUGGAAAAUAGUCAUUUGCAUCGGACCAAAGAAAAAGCGAGUCGAUUUUUCGGGCUGCAAAAUAACUUGAGCUGCAUCAAGCUGAUCCAGAGAGAGGGGAGAGCGGCAGGGGAAGGAGGAGAAGACUGCCACUAAGGGAUUUGCCUUCAUUUUAUUGAAACAAGCCAGUGCUUAAAAGAAACAGACGAGGGUGGGGGCUGAGGAGGGGCAGGCGCGCGGGGGAGGGGGGGGGUCUAAAGAAGAAAAGUGUGAGGCUUGUGGUUGGGGAGCGGCAGAAGUGAUGAGAAAACAAACGGCAAGGCUGGGGGAGGCUGCUCGUGCUGCUGCGCUCUGCCGAGAGGCUCGCUGCCGCUGCUGCUAUUCCUGUGGGUGGACAGGAUUAAAGAGCCUCAAGUGCCCGACCCCCCCAGGGCUGCGGCUGCUGCUUCCUCUGCCUGGACCAUGGAGACUUUAAAUGGCACCAGCCCAAGUGAUAACCUCAAGCAACAGCAGCAGGGCCACCACCACCCCCACGCUGAGAAGAAGAGACUGAACCGAGCCCCUUCCCCGGCCAGACCCUUCCUCAAGGAUCUCCACGGCCGGGCAUCGUCUGCCAAGCCCCCGCCGGUGCCGCCCAAAUCCCCCAGCCUCUCGGGCAAGUCGCCGCAGCAGCCGGGCCCCCCGCCUCAAUCCGCCGGGCUCCUGGCCACCCAGAGCCGCCUCUCCAGGCGCAGCGGCUCCCAGGGCGCGAAGGCAGCGGCAGCAGCCGGGACAGGCGGCCGAGCGGGCAGCGCCAAAGCCUCCCUGUGGAGCAAGAAGGCGGCCCGAGCCCAGGAGCAAGGGGGCGGCAAGGCCGGGGCCAGACAGGCCGGGGGGGAACCGGGCCACCCGCCCGGCAAAGGCAGGAAGGGGAAGAGAGGCGCCCCCCCGCAGCCGGGGGGCUCUCUGGCAUCAGCCGCCGGGCCCGGGCUGGGCAGCGGCCAUGUGGCCGUGGUGGCUCCGGCCAGGCUCAGCCACACGGACAGCAGCUCCGACCUGUCCGACUGUCCCUCCGAGCCGCUCUCCGAUGAGCAGCGACCGGCCCAGGCCGCCAGCAGCGACGCCGAGUCCGGCACCGGCUCCAGCGACCGGGAGCAGCCGCCUGCCCCGGGCCGAGCGGGCACCCCGGUGCCUGGGGCCAGCCACCCGCUGGGCGCCCAGCCUUCCCCGGAGAGCCCCGCCGGCCAAGGGGCGGCGCAGCCAGCUCCGCCCUGUAGCCCGCAGCCCGCCUCGCCCGCCCCCGCGGCGCGCAAAGGCAGCGCGCCCGGGGAAGAAGAGGCGAGCUGGGGGCGAGCCGCCGAGAACAUGCGGCUGGGCAGCAAAGCGCCCGCCCCCUGCCAGCCGCCGGCGGAGGAGGAGGAGCUGCUGCGGGAGAUCGAGGAGCUGCGCUCGGAAAAUGAUUAUCUCAAGGAUGAAUUGGAUGAACUUCGGGCUGAAAUGGAGGAGAUGCGUGACAGUUAUUUAGAGGAAGAUGUUUAUCAGCUGCAGGAACUCCGGAAAGAGCUGGACCGUGCAAACAAGAACUGCCGCAUCCUGCAGUAUCGUCUCAGGAAAGCAGAACAGAAAAGUUUGAAAGUUGCGCAGACAGGCCAAGUGGAUGGAGAGCUCAUUAGAAGUUUGGAGCAAGAUUUAAAGGUAGCCAAAGAUGUAUCUGUCAGACUGCACCAUGAACUGGAGAGUGUGGAGGAGAAACGUGUUAAAGCAGAAGAUGAGAAUGAAAUCCUUCGGCAGCAGAUCAUUGAGGUGGAAAUAUCCAAACAGGCACUGCAAAAUGAGCUGGAAAGGUUGAAAGAGAGCUCACUGAAGAGAAGAGGCAGCCGGGAAAUGCACAAAGAAAAGAAGACAUUCACCCAGGAGGACAGUGCUGACUUGAAGUGCCAGCUUCAGUUUGCCAAAGAAGAAGCAGUGCUAAUGCGUAAGAAAAUGGCCAAGCUGGGGAGGGAGAAAGAUGAACUGGAACAGGAGCUCCAGAAGUACAAGUCCAUCUAUGGAGAUGUGGAUAGUCCACUCCCUAUCGGGGAGGCAGGAGGGCCACCCAGCACCAGAGAGGCUGAGCUAAAACUUCGUCUGAAACUGGUGGAAGAGGAAGCUAACAUACUGGGCAGGAAGAUAGUUGAACUGGAGGUGGAGAACAGAGGUAUUAAAGCUGAGAUGGAGGACAUGAGAUGCCAGUAUGAGAGAGAGUGUCUUAGCCGGGACCACAUUUCAAGCAUUCCUACCUCGCCAUACGGUGACUCCAUGGAGUCGGCAACAGAGCUGCGCCGUCACUUGCAGUUUGUUGAAGAAGAGGCGGAGCUGUUGAGGAGAUCGAUCUCUGAGAUUGAGGAUCACAACAAACAACUAACCAAUGAACUGAACAAAUUCAAGUUUGAGCCCAGUCAGGAGUCCAGCUGGCUGGAUGAUGGUGCCUCUAAAUGCAGUGGAUCCCUACAAGAGGAGUUGAAAUCAGCGAGGAUGCAAAUCAAUGAACUGAGUGGAAAAGUGAUGAAACUCCAGUAUGAGAAUCGUGUGUUGAUGUCCAAUGUGCAGCGCUAUGAUCUUGUCUCUCACCUAGGGCUGCGCACUUCAAGUCCCAGGGACAGUGAUGCUGAGAGUGAUGCAGGAAAGAAAGAGAGUGACAGUGAAGAGGGCCGCCCAACUGAGCCAAAGAGAGAAGGACCCAUUGGGGGCGAGAGUGACUCAGAAGAAGUUUAUGAGAAGACGUCAGGUUUUGAGAGUGGUAAGCCAUCAGAAGUUAGCGACCUCUGUUCUACUGAGUUAAUGAGAGUGAAAGAGGACACUGAGUCUUUAAUUAACAUCAAACGAGAGGCUGAACGGCUUGAAAGGACAGUGCUCCAUCUCAUCACUGACACUGAUAGUUUAAUUUAUGAUGCCAAGGUGCACAUCACCAGCAGUCCCUCCUCUGAGCAGGGUUUCAAAAGUGAUGGAGAGAGAGGUGAGGAUAAAAAUGAACCAGAACUUCUGGACACUAUCAAUUCAAGGAUGAAAGCUUUCCGUAAAGAACUACAGACCUUCCUGGAGAAGGUUGAUCACAUCGGGGAAGGCCUCAAAGAACAAAUGGAAGACCUCUCUCCUUUGCCCCACCUGACAGAGUCUUCCAGUUUUCUGUCCACAAUGACAUCCAUGUCUCGAGACUCGCCCAUUGGUAACCUAGGAAAGGAGUUAAUUACAGACUUCCAGUCCAAACUGAGGGAUCAGAUGGAGUGGCAGCUCAGCCAAGAUCGUGGAGAGGAGCAAGAGAUUCACCACCACCGAGCCACCACCGAGCCACACCGCAGAGCUGAUGGAGACAUUAAACUCUACAGGCCAGGCGACAAGGGCUGUUUCAGUCUAGAGCUCAGGGAUUCCCAUGUUUUACCUGUACAGAAUGUAUCGAUACAGGAGCUUCAGGCUCAACUUGAGCAGGAGACGAGACUUCACCAAGAGGAGCAAGAAAAGUUUACAGAGAGGAUCAUUCAGCUGGAGGAGGAGCAUCUGCAGACCUUGCGGAGGAAAGAUUUGGAGGUGCAGAGCUUGACUUUGCAGAAUAAAUUGGAGGAGAAGACCUGGGGUCAGGAGAAAAGUUUGAUGCAGCAAGAACUCAGGCAUUUCAAGCAGAAUACCUUCCUUCUGUAUGUGAAACUGAAGUGGCUGCUGAAACACUGGCAGCAAGGCAAGCAAAUAGAAGAGGAGGGAGAGGACAUACUGGAGAUUGAACACCUCGAUGCCCUACCAGAAUUUGGCAUUCAGUCUGAAAGAAAGGGAGAUGACCCAGAACAAGAUGAGGAGGAGGAUGACCUUGUGUUUGCACUGACGGAUUACUCCCAACAUUCCACAGCGGAGAGCACUGACCAUGGACCACAGCUGCAGACUGCAGAACUAUUGCAGCAUCAAAAGCAGGUACCACACCAGAAGGGAGUUACACAUCAUACCUUGGGAAUUAAUGCUCUAGAUUUUUUUAGUCGCAUCCAUUUUGUUUUGCUGCUGUUCUAUUUUAUCUUAGUACCUAGAAUUGUACAUAACUUCAAUCCUAGCUACACAUUACAUUCUUUGUCUAGCACAAGCUUUACCUGGGAAAUAAGAAUAACUAACAGCUUCUCAUUUUAUUGGCAGCUGGAAGGGAAGAAUGAAAAAGCCCAGGGGGAAACUGUCCUGACCACUGAUUCAAAGGGAGCUUUUAAGAGGGAGAGAGAGGAGCACAAGAAAUUGCUGGCUGACAGUCACAGCUUGGUGAUGGACCUACGAUGGCAACUCCAGCACAGUGAGAAGAAUUGGAACAGGGAAAAGACGGAACUUCAGGAUAGAUUGGACAGAGACCGGCGAGAGUGGGAGCGACAAAAGAAGGAAUUGCUAAGGAGGAUAGAACAGCUUCAAAAAGAAGUGAGCACACGAAAAGGAGACAGCAUUCUUUGUGACCAGAAGGAGAGUAGCCUUCGUCCAUUUUCAACCCAGGGAAACCUUUAUGUGCCUCAUCCAAUGGGGGCAAGGUCCUAUUCUGAUUCAGAUGCCAUACAGUUUGAUGAUCAGUCACUGUCGAAGCUGAAGGAAAGUGAUAGGUGCACUGCCACAGAAAACCUCUUUCUCGAUUCAUUGUCUCUUGAUUCUCCUGAUGAAUCUGAUGAGCCUCGGCCUCAGAGAUUGGAGCGGGAGAAGUUCUUGACUUGCUUAACUGAAGAAGAAGAAACGCACAAGGGAAAUCUUCAAAGGGCAGUGUCUGUUUCCUCCAUGUCAGAAUUCCACCGUUUGAUGGAUAUUUCUCCAUUCCUUCCUGAAAAGACCUUGCCUUCAUCUAGUAGUAAGGAGGAUAUAACACCUCCUCUGUCCCCUGAUGAUCUGAAAUACAUUGAAGAGUUCAACAAAAACUGGGAUUAUAGUAACACCAGGAUCCAUAGUGGAGUUACAGAAAAGCCUGCAGAAGCCUGGGCAGAAAGGACAGAAAAUGGGAAAGUAAGAAGUGAUUCAACUUCAGAUCCAUUCCAAGCAUCAUCAUGGUACCUUACCACCAGUGUUACUAUGACAACCAAUACCAUGACGAGCCCAGAGCCCUGCCAGAAGCAGCCACUGAGGAGUCACAUUGUAACAGAAAAAAUGGGGGUUAAGGUCUUUCACAGUCCGCCAGUUAUCCGUAGGCUUGAUAACUCAGCGAUAGCUGGUAAUGGAGGGAAAAAACAGGUUGAGCCAGACUUUUUGUUUUCUGUGACCAAAGCUAAAGGGAGUGUGGGUGAGACAAAAGGUGCUUCCUCAGAUGUGUUUGGGAGAUGGUCUUGUGAUCUCACCAAACACCAUAAAGAUUUUUUGGAAAGUGGUCUUCAUCCUAUUGAGCAUCCUAUUUGCACUGCUGUGGGUUUUGCCUCAUCCUUGCAGAGCCUGGAACUGUCCAAGAACAUGAGUGACGAUAUGAAGGAAGUAGCUUACUCUGUCAGAAAUGCAAUACGUUCUAACUCUAAUUCGACAGAGCCUCAGUUUAAGGACAUAGCUUGUCAAACCAAUGGUAUAAGAACUACAGGGACACAGACCACCCAGACAAUCAGUGUUGGCUUACAGACAGAAACCUUGCGCAGCAUCACCAGCAGUCCACACAAGUGUCUGACACCAAAGGGGGGCUCCACACCAAUCUCAUCACCAUCAAGAAGUUUAAGGAGCAGGCAGGUAGCCCCUGCCAUCGAAAAGGUCCAGGCCAAGUUUGAACGCACGUGCUGUUCUCCCAAAUAUGGUUCUCCAAAAUUACAAAGAAAAAUCCUCCCAAAAACAGAUCAGCCAAAUAAUCGGACUUUACCAGGCACACCUCAGAAAGGAUUCAGUGAGUCUGCUUGGGCUAGGUCAACUACUACAAGGGAGAGCCCAGUUCAUACCACCAUCAAUGAUGGCCUCUCCAGUUUGUUCAAUAUUAUUGACCACACCCCUGUUGUUCAAGAGACCCUCCAAAAAUGCACCAGGUCUAGCAGCCGAUCUAGGUCAGCAGAACCGAGAUCAGAACUGGGGCCCAUGCAGGAAAUGUGUACAAGUGCCCGUGGCCGGUCACCCAGUCCUCUCCGUUUGGGUGCAGAGAUGGAAAAGGAAGAAGAGUCUGAGGCAACAAGCAUCAGGCAGGAUUUAUCUGCUCCUCCGGGGUAUACACUUACAGAAAAUGCUGCCAGGAUCUUGAAUAAGAAACUUUUGGAGCAUGCCUUAAAGGAAGAGAAAAGGCUAGCUUCACGUAGCCCACCAAGUCUUAGCAAUGACAACAGCACAGGAGAAAUAGUCAAAGUAGAACCAGGGUCCAUUGAGAACCAAACUGUCUUACUAACUGCCCCCUGGGGACUCUAACCCUGCCUGCCUCACUGCUGAACUGCCUUGUUCCGCACUAGCUCCGUCCCUAGAAUCCUGCUUCUCACGGCCAGAGAGACCAGCAAAUCGGCGCCCACCUUCAAGAUGGGCUUCACAUUCCCCUACUGCCUCACAAUCUCAGUCAACUGGAGAUU